GUAAAGAUGUCCGGCCAGGAUGACCCAGUUCAAAGAGAAAUCCACCAGGAUUGGGCAAAUCGCGAGUAUAUAGAAGUGAUCACGAGUAGCAUCAAGAAGAUUGCCGACUUCCUAAAUUCAUUUGAUAUGUCCUGUCCGUCCCGGUUAGCCACUCUUAAUGAGAAACUAACUGCCUUGGAGAGGAGGAUUGAAUACAUUGAGGCAAGGGUUACUGAAGGCAAAACCUUGACCUAG